AGCCGCCCGUCCGCCGCCGGCAUGCUGCGCCCGCUGCUGCUCGCCGCGCUCUGCCUGGCCGGCCGCCUCGCGCCUGCCGGCGGCUGCCAGCUGCCGUCCGAGUGGAGACCCCUGAGCGAGGGCUGCCGCGCGGAGCUGGCCGAGAUCAUCGUGUACGCCAAGGUGCUGGCGCUGCACCAGGAGGUCCAUGGCCUCUACAACUACCUGCCCUGGCAGUACGAGGCCGGCGAGGCGGGGCUCUUCUACUCCGCCGAGAUCGAGAUGCUGUGCGACCAGGCGUGGGGCAGCAUGCUCGAGGUCCCCGCCGGCUCCAGGCUCAACCUCACCGGCCUGGGCUACUUCGCCUGUCACUCCCACACCGUGCUCCAGGAUUACUCCUAUUUCUUCUUCCUCAGGAUGGAUGAAAAUUAUAACCUUUUGCCUCAUGGAGUCAAUUUCCAAGAUGCCAUCUUUCCAGACACUCAAGAGAACAGAAGGAUGUUUUCUAGCCUUUUCCAGUUUUCAAACUGUUCCCAAGGGCAGCAACUGGCAACUUUCUCCAGUGACUGGGAGAUCCAGGAAGAUAACAGGCUCAUGUGCUCCUCGGUGCAGAAGGCCCUGUUUGAGGAGGAGGACCAUGUCAAGAAGCUGCAGCGGAAGGUGGCCUCCCUGGAGAAGCGGAACAGGCAGCUCCGCGAUCGCGUGAAGAAGGUCAAAAGGUCGCUGCGGCAGGCGCGGAAGAAUGGCCGCCACCUGGAACUGGUGAACCAGAAGCUCAGGGAGAAGCUGGCGGCCACGGCAGGAGCCGUCCCGCACAUCAACGCCCUGGGGCAGGAGCCCGCAGGCAGCACCUACCUGCGGGGGUAGCGCAGGGGCGGUUGCCUCUCCCCGGGGAAGGGCAAGCGGGGGCGUGGGUGGACAUGCCAUAGUUCACAUCUUGCCAAAGAUAUUUUCCUAUGCGUUUGGUGGUAGCGUCUGGCUGGUUUGAAGGGUCCCUGCUGUCCCCUCCUGGCCUGGUCCAGACAGCGCUCAGAGCCCAGAGGCAGCAGCAUCCCGGAGGGCCUGUCCUCAGCUUCCGGGGUGGCCUCCAAAGUGCACAGACUGGGCAAAGAACACCUUAGACCAGGGGUGUCCAAACUUUUCUCAACGUUUUUCACCAAGGGCCACAUGCGGUAAAAUACACAAACAGCCGGGCCACUCACUCGAGGUGAAGUACGUAUUGCCUCACCUGGUUUAU